CUUGUUUGGCCAUAAUAAACUGUGGACUUGUAUGUUCACAUUUUUUUCAAGUCAUGAUGAAUUCUAAGGUGGCAAAAUUCAAUAUCGGUCUUAUUUUCAAGCGAUGGUAUAUGGAAAAUAUGCAAGAUCAAUGUAUUCAGACAAUACAAGAUGAAAGUAUUGGAGUUGUAACACAAUUCCAACAAAAUAACAAUGAAGAAAUUUUAAUAGCUGAUUUACACAUCUUUAAUCAGCUUAGAAUACCUGACACAUUUACAACUAAUAUUAAACAAUGUUUACAAAGAAAAGUCAAGUAUGCAUAUGGAUUUGGAAAGAUGAAAAAAGCUCUUAACUUAGCACUUGAUUUAGGUUGUGAAGAUGAAAUUAUAAAUAUGAUUAAUAGGUUUAUUGAUCAGAAGAAAAAACCAAUAAAUGAUACAAAUAAUGAAAAUGAAAAUGUACAGAUUUUGGAUCCUGUAGUUCAGAAACGACGUGGUCAUCCACCAAACAAGCGUAUUAAAUCAGCAACUAAAUCUAAUUCAUAUCAUGUUAAUACAAAGAAUAGUGCAAUAAAUCCAUCUGAUCCUAAUCUAUAUGUUAGUGAAAUACGAAAUCAGCAAGCAUCUUCGACUUCAUCAAGAAUUCCUUUUAAUGCAAUCGAUACUAAUACUGACGAUCAAAGAUAUGAAAGAAAAGUUUAUAUAUGUAAAAUUUGUAAACAAAAAGGUCAUAAUGCUAGAACAUGUAGCAAACAACAUCAAUAGGUAAAUAGAAAUACAUUAUAGUAUUGUUGUUUCAGUAAUAGUGUUGCUUGUCUUAUAAGUUUUUUUAAAAAAAUAAAAUACUGUAAAUUUUCGUCGGCGUCACGUGAUCUAUUAACAUCAUGUGACACCGGUAAUGUUAAC